AUGGCAACACUACUUUUAUGGUGUGGUGUCAAACAUGGCAUGGUUGCUAGUCAGCACAGCAGCAUAGUCAGCACAGCAUGCUUGCCAAUCAAGAUUAAAACUUGUAGUUGCAUGACUUUGACCACAGACCAUGACUCUGGGGCAUCCCUUGGUGGGAACUCUCACGCCAAGGCUUGGGCAGCUUUCAUAUCUUUCAGAGCUCGAUCUAAAAUAACGGGGCAAAUUCCUACCACCCUCGGAAAUUGCUCCUCACUCACAGAGCUCAACUUGAGAGGGAACCAAUUGACUGGCCAUAUUCCAGCAACAUUAGGGCAGCUCCAGAAUCUCACUGAGCUCUGGCUAUCUGAUAAUUUCUUGAGCGGGUCUAUUCCAUCGAGUGUUGGGAACUGCUCCAAGCUGCGGUUCCUCAGUCUGGAAAACAACACCUUAACGGGCUCUAUAUCUCCAUCGCUGGGUAAGCUCAAGAAAUUGGAAAGUUUAUCACUUUUUACAAACAAUUUGGAGGGGCUUAUACCAAUCACUCUUGGAAACCUUUCGCACCUCACAUUUCUAGACAUGUCUGACAACCUUCUAUAUGGCCCAUUACCUGGCUCUUUUGCUGGUCUUCGUAGGCUAAAGUGGUUGGGACUAUCGCAAAACUAUUUUCUCAACGGAUCGAUUCCUUCGGAUGUUAUGGUGGGCAUGCCAUCUCUAACGCACCUAGAGCUCCAUUACAACAACUUUACAGGAAACAUUCCCAUGUUUAAUGCGUCUUCUCCUGUUGUACUACUUCGCUUGGACGUUAACAGCCUGACAGGAAUCAUUCCGCAUUUGAUCACAGAGAUCAAGGCUCUCCAGCAAUUGCACCUCAACAAAAACUAUCUAGAUGGAAGCAUUCCAAAAGGCAUUAGCCAGCUGGAUCGUCUUGAGAUACUUGACUUGAGUGACAACUAUCUCAGAAAUGAAGUUCCUCCACUCGACAAAUGCACCAAUCUUGGCUAUCUCGACCUCCACGGAAACUUGAUACGGAGCAAAAUGCCAACGUUUGGUGCAUGCACUAACCUGGUUUACUUGGAUCUCUCAACGAACGAGUUCCAGGGAGAGAUUAGCUCAAGGCUAGGGAAUUGCUCCCAGCUCAAGGUUGUCAACUUUGCGCAGAACAAUUUCACGGGUGAGGUGCUGCUUGACUUGAGUAACUUGACAAGCUUGGUCUUCUUUGUCAUUUCCAACAACACGUUGAGCGGCACAAUUCCAGCAAAAAGCUUGAAUUCCACUUAUCUCAGAGUCAUGGACUAUAGUAGGAACCAUUUCACAGUCAAGAAACUUGCAGCUGGUCAGGAAUUAUGA